AUGAGUUUUGGGUUUAGCAUUGGGGAUUUUCUAGCUGUCAUCGAACGUGCAAACAAGCUCAGAAAAGUGUUUGUUGCGGCACCUGCUCAAUUCAACGCAAUCUCCGAUGAAGUAAGGAGUCUUUCGAUCGUGGUACGAGACGUUGAGGUCAAUAUUUCCGACGAUCUCAGCAGUCAACAAGAAAGCGAGUUGUCGAAGAUAGCAGAAAGCUGUCGCAAUGUCCUCAUUGAUAUUGAAAAUGUGGUAAAUCAAUAUUGCGAGAUAAACACACGAGGCACGAAACGAAUAUGGAAGAGACUCACAUGGGUGCCAGAUGAUAUACGUGAACUUCAAUCUCGCGUUGCUAGCAAUAUCAGCAUUCUCAACGCUUUCAAUGGAAUAAUAACCCGCGAUAACACCAUGUCAUUGCUGAAACAUGCGAAUGAUGCACAGCAUCUGGCAUUGCUUGAUUGGCUCUCUUCCACAGGAUAUGCGACACAACAGACUGCCUACAUUGGUCGACGUCAGCCUGGGACUGGAGAAUGGCUUCUUAAGUCGUCAAAAUUCCAAACUUGGAUUGAAGGCACCAAUGAAACGCUUUUCUGCCCAGGCAUGCCUGGGGCUGGCAAAACGAUACUUGCCUCGGUGGUCAUUGAUGAGUUGAUCUCCCGGCAUGGGAACAACAGUGAGAUUGGCAUUGCGUAUCUUUACUGCAACUUUCAGCGCCAUGAGGAUCAGUGCCUGACGGCUGAUGGUAUGCUAGCAAGUAUUCUUCGACAACUUGCUCAGAGUCUGUCGCCAAUGCCAGAUGUCCUUAUGUCAUUGUAUGAAAAGCACAGAACCCGAGGAACGCGUCCGACUGCCGACGAACUUUCCAGAGCUCUUGGGUCAGUCCAUGGCCAUUUUUCACGGGUCUUUGUCGUCCUUGAUGCUCUAGACGAGUGCCGAUAUCACGUCAUAUCGCAGAUUCUUGAUAGGUUGUUCGGUCUUCAGAUGACAUCAAACUUGAACCUUUUGGCAACUUCAAGACAUAUACCGGAGAUUGUGGCUCGUUUCCAGAAUAACCCUGUACAGGAGAUCAGUGCCUCGAGGCCAGAUAUCAUGAGGUAUCUGAGCGGCAAUCUAUGCAAACUGCCAUUAUUUGUAUCGCGGAAUCCUCAGUUACAGCAGGAGAUCACGACUGGGAUUGCUGACGCUGUCAAUGGCAUGUUUCUUCUUGCAAAACUCUAUCUGGAUUCACUAGAGGGGAAGAAAUCGCCACGAGCGCUUCGAUUUGAGCUUGAAAAAAUGAGGAUUGGUCCAAAAGCGUCUGGCUCAGCAUAUGAUUCCGCGUACGACGAAGCUAUGCAGCGAAUUAUGGGACAAGGUUCAGAUCGAAGAAGCUUGGCUUGGGGUGUCUUGUCAUGGACGACAUGUGCGAAAAGGCCUCUGACAGCGACAGAGCUACUCAAUGCUCUUGCGGUAGAGCUUGAUGAACCAAAGUUCUAUGAGGACAACCUUCCAGAUCUCGAAGAUAUAAUAUCCGUAUGUUCAGGCUUAAUCACUGUCUCGAGUGACGCCUCUGGCGACAUCGUCCAGUUGGUCCACUACACCACACAGGAGUACUUCGAGCGGACGUGGGAGCGCUGGUUCCCCGAUGCGCACUGCAACAUCGCAACAAUUUGUGUCACAUACCUUUCUUUUGAUGUCUUCCAAACAGGCUAUUGUCUUACUGAUGCCGACCUCGAAUCACGGCUGGAGGAGUACCCUUUCUACUCCUAUGCUGCCAAGAGCUGGGGUGAUCAUGCUCGAGUCCAACCCAUAAGCCAGGACCUAAUGACGGCUUUCCUCCAAGAUCCGGACAAGGUGAACGCUUCUGUACAAGCGAUAUUUGCACGCAAAGGCUUCUCAAGCAUUGGCGAGUACAGCCAGCAAAUUCCGUUCACAUUUACCAGUUUCCAUCUUGCCGCAUACUUUGGACUUGUUGAUACGAUGCAAUCUAUGAUUCAGUCUGGUUAUCCAUAUAUGGUACAGUGCUCAAUGGAACGAACUUCCUUGGCGUGGGCAACAUAUGCGGGUCAUAUUGAGCCUGUCAAGCUUCUCCUGGGCCUUGGUAUGAGCCCAAUCGACUACGACUACGAUGGUCAAAGCCCGAUAACAUUGGCGGCCUCGAUGGGCUGCGCGGAUAUUGUGAGCCUGUUGUUGGAGCAUGGUGCUCACGCUGAUUCUAAAGAUAUUACGGGCCAGACUUGCCUCUCAUUGGCGGCGUAUCGUGGUCACGAGCGCGUUGUUGAACUGCUCCUCAACAAUGGAGCUAAUCCAGAAUACAAAGAUGAGACUGGCCAAAGCCCACUAUCGUGGGCGGCUUCCAAUGGAUGGGUGGGAGUCGCUUUGCUCUUGCUGGAAAGGUCUGUAGAUUUAGAGUCUAAGGAUAUGUUCGGUCGCACUCCAUUGUCCUGGGCUGCAGAGAAUGGGCAUAUUAAUAUGCUUACUCUGUUGAUACAAAGGGGCGCGGAUCCAGAUUCUAAAGAUGCAGACGGCCACACUCCCUUGUUCUGGGCAUCACAUUAUGGCCACGAAACAGUAGUCCAACUGCUCCAACAGCAGCCUACAAUCACACAAGCUCCGAUUUUGAAUAAUAUUGACAGCAUGAUACAAGAAAAUGCUGAGCAGUCUACGCAUCAGAACCCGUUUGACAAUUGGUCGCGUAUGAGAUCAAGAAGCCGCAGAACAACCCUACGGAAGAAUCCCACAGGCCAAACCCGAUUCCAUUGUCCGCUCUGCCUAGACAAGGUCGAUCGGACAAUUUACAGCAGCGCUGGUACAUUCAAGCGACAUGUGUAUAAUCGACACUAUGCCCGGUUUGAGUAUCAGUGCCCUGCAGCAGAGUGUUUUGAUACCGUUAGCGGAAAAUCUCGGGUAUUCGCCAGAGUAGACAACCUGAGAGCACACGCGUUAAGAAUGCACAAGCUGGACCUGACGCUUGCUGAUAGGGAUAAAUGGCAACCACAAAAUCCUUGCCCCGAGGCCUGCCCGGCUCCGACUCUCGACAUGGGCAACCGCAAGGGCAACAACAAGGGCAAGGGUAGAGGUAAGAAAAGGAAUCUGAGUGUCAACCAGAACAGCGCCGCAAAGAAGGUCGAGAACAAGCUUGAGAUUGAGGUCGAGGGCGUUGGCAAACCCAGCAAACACCACUGUCUUCACAAGCGACCUAAGCAUGUGCGGACUCAGCGAUGCACUCGUUUAGGCCAUGAGGUUGAAUGCUCUAUUCAUCCUAACAGCUUCUCGCGACGACCAGCCGGUAGCGACAACAGCACAAUUACUGUGCAUGAUAUCAAGACUGGGGCGCUUCGAGCAACACUGGAAGGCCACGAAGGUGGUGUAUGGGGACUUGAAUACCAUGACAAUACUCUAGUCUCUGUGUCGACGGAUAAAACCAUCCGAGUAUGGGACAUUGCGAGAGCCGACUGCACCCAUGUAUUUCAUGGCCACGCAUCUACAGUACGCUGUAUACAGAUAUUGCUCCCAGUUCAAAUUGACCAGCGUCCAGACGGUACACCAGUGAUGAUUCCAGAACAACCCCUCAUAAUUUCGGGCUCCCGUGAUUCGACCUUGCGAGUUUGGAAACUUCCUCAGCCCGAAGACUCGAAGUAUUUGUCUCCUGCUCAACCCGACGAGGAAUGUCCAUAUCAUAUCCGUGUAUUGACUGGACACCAACAUUCCGUGCGAGCACUUGCAGCAUACGGGGAUACAUUGGUCAGCGGUAGUUACGACUGUUCCGUGCGACUUUGGAAAAUAUCCACCGGGGAAUCACUACACAAACUAGACGGCCACACAUCCAAGGUAUAUAGCGUAUGUUUGGACCAUAAGAGGAACCACUGUAUCAGCGGAUCGAUGGACAACACGGUCAAAAUCUGGUCUAUUGACUCAGGUGAAUUGUUAUAUAAUCUUGAAGGACACUCGUCGUUGGUGGGCAUACUUGAUCUGAGAGAAGACUGGCUCGUGUCGGCGGCUGCAGAUAGUACCCUUAGAGUUUGGAAUCCUGAGAAUGGCGAGUUUCAGUGCAUGUUCGGUGGUCAUACUGGCGCCAUCACAUCCUUCCAGCAUGAUGGUCAAAAGGUAAUCUCUGGUUCUGACAGGGAUGUGAAGAUGUGGGACAUACGGACUGGUGUGAGUGAAAGAGAUCUCCUCACCAACCUCAGCGGUGUUUGGCACGUCCAGUUCGAUGCCCAGCGUUGCGUUGCGGCAGUUCAACGCGGAGGCGUGACCUAUAUCGAGGUUCUCGAUUUCGGCGCAUCUCCUGAUACUAUACCAUCUGCCUGGUUGGGCAAGCGGGUUUUGGUUAAUGAGCAAGGUGACGAGAUUGAAGGCCCGAAAUGA